AUGCCGUACCUUCGUCGGCAUAACCCACGCGAGCACGUGGUGGAGGGUCAAAGCACCAAUUCCAUACGCGCUCAAUUCCAAACUCCCCCUACUCGACACACCCCCUCCAACCCAACCCGGAACCAUCCCCCACCUUCCACAGAACCUCAUGAGAUAACUCCCGAAGUGCCUGCCAUGGCUCCCCCGGGGUUAAACCCUUUCUCAAUUUUCGGUAGACAGCGCAGACAGGCACCGCCGACUCCUUCUGUUGAAUUUGAGGAAGAUAACUAUGGCGAUGAAGUUAGCGAGCAGCCCACCGAACGGGUGGAAGAUGACGAGCCCGAUUUGACUGGGCAGUUUGAUGACGCGGGUGAAGUUAAUGAAGAGGGCGAUUUUGAAGACUACGAGUCAAAUGAAGAGGCAGACGAGGAUUUUGAUGAUGAGCUGCUCGAGUCGGACGAAGACAUGCCCGAUCGCGACUCGCCUCGGCCUCACCUGCGCGAGAUCUCAUCGCUCGCUUCUUGGACCCUUUCCAGCAAUAAACCCGAUUGCGGUGUUGCUGCGCUUCGAAGCCCUGACCAUUCGCUGUACUGGCAGUCUGACGGACCCCAGCCUCACUACUUGACUCUCCAUUUCGCCAAACUAGUUGCCGUCGUGCACCUGCGCGUCUACCUCGACUUCACCGUCGAUGAAAGCUACACCCCUACUAAGAUGGUAUUUGUGGCUGGCAUGGGCGGUAACGACCUCGUCGAGUUCGCGACCUGGGAAGGCGAGGGCGCAUGUGGAUGGGUCGAUAUCUCCUUGGACGGCGUUGGAGGCCGGGGUGGCGGCUGGGUGAAGGAUAAGGCAGCGCGCCGUCGUCUUGGGACUCAAGACAGUGAUGACGAAGAUGGAGACGGUUGGGAAACAACUUACGAGAAUGACGACCGCGACGAUAAACGUGAUCCCUACGCUGGAAAUGUGCUCAAGGCUAUGGUCAUCCAGAUGCGUGUGCUCGAGAACCACCAGAAUGGAAAGGAUACCCAUGUGCGUGGAUUCCAGGUCUACGCCUUCGACGAAAACCAUCGCCCGGCUCGCGAUAGAUCUGUUACCGCUGCAGCUACUCCUCUUCGCCAUGAGAUGCGUGACGGUCGUCCUGAUCCUUGGGCUAUUCCUCGCCGAAGCGAGAAUCCCCACGCUGUCAACCCCUCUGGAACUGCUCCGGUUAUCACUGAACCGGAUUGGAUGGGCGAACCUAUCAUCCGUUAA